UAGGGAUGUGGGCUCUUCCGGUGGAGAUGCCGAUUGCUGGAAUAGCUUUAUCCGUGUUUAUUUUGGGCCGUUAACAAACUGUUUCGAUGAAUAAACAGCUCUGUAAUUUAGCUGUUUGGUUGUGUGACUCAUUAUGGUUUCGACUAUGUCGCACUUUCUUUUGGUAAAUGUGUCUUGAGAGAAAUAAUAGUAUAGUUGUCAAACCCGAUUACAGAAGAGCACGUCUUCGAGGUUAAAUGUAGCUCGGGACAUUAUGUAUUUUGGUGAAAAGGUGUCAGUUGCGGAAUACAGCACAGCGUCAAUCUGGAGUUGACGCUAGAAAAUUAACUCGCAGGUAUGGCCUCCCAGCGUCAUCCGUUUUCGUCCCCAUCGGUGUCCUCCAGUGCUUUUUGCCGCGUGAAGAAGGUGAAGGUGGAGAGCUGCAUGUGGGAUGUAACGAACCAAUCGGGCGAGAGGAAAUACUUCCUGCCCUGCCCUUCUCAGGGAAACCCCGCUCCCUCAGUGGCCUCUGGCUUCAACCCUGCCUAUGGCUCAGCAAAUCUGAAUUUCCGUCCAGCCGGGGGUUCCAGGGGCCAUGUGGUUGUGCGCGCUGCGGACAGCACCGGCAGCCUGCCGGGGCCCUCCUCCUCUUCCUCGUCCUCUUCCUCCUCUUCGUCCAGUUGCCGGGUCAACGACCCCUCCCCGAAGCAGCAGGGGUCGCAGAGUGGCCUAAAGCGCAAGCGUGAGGAGGUGGAGAGCAGUGACAGCGUCCAGAUCCUGGAGGAGCUCUCCGCCCCCGUGCCCUCCAACCGGGGAGGCGGGGGCGGGGCCACCACCCAGUCCAUCGCCCACUCCGCCUCCACGGCCAAGAGCAGCAACUCGCACAGCGAGGGGGACUACCAGCUUGUGCAGCACGAGAUUCUCUGCUCCAUGUCUAACAGCUACGAGGUGCUGGAGUUCCUGGGCAGGGGGACCUUCGGCCAGGUGGCCAAGUGCUGGAAGCGCGGCACCAACGAGAUCGUGGCCAUCAAGAUCCUGAAGAACCACCCUUCUUACGCCCGCCAGGGGCAGAUUGAGGUGAGCAUUCUGAACCAGCUGAGCGCGGAGAACGCCGACGAGUUCAACUUCGUGCGCUCGUACGAGUGCUUCCAGCACAAGAGCCACACCUGCCUGGUGUUCGAGAUGCUGGGCCAGAACCUGUACGACUUCCUCAAGCACAGCAAGUUCAGCCCGCUGCUGCUCAAGUGCAUCCGGCCCGUGCUGCAGCAGGUGGCCACCGCCCUCAUGAAGCUCAAGAGCCUGGGCCUCAUCCACGCCGACCUCAAGCCCGAGAACAUCAUGCUGGUGGACCCCAUCCGCCAGCCCUACCGCGUCAAGGUCAUCGACUUCGGCUCGGCCAGCCACGUCUCCAAGGCCGUGUGCUCCACCUACCUGCAGUCGCGGUACUACAGGGCUCCGGAGAUCAUCCUGGGCCUGCCGUUCUGCGAGGCCAUAGACAUGUGGUCCCUGGGCUGCGUGAUCGCCGAGCUCUUCCUGGGCUGGCCUCUGUACCCGGGAGCCUCGGAGUAUGACCAGAUUCGCUACAUCUCCCAGACCCAGGGGCUGCCGGCGGAGUACCUUCUGAGCGCCGGAACCAAGACCAGCCACUUCUUCAACAGAGGCCCCGCCUCCAGCUACCCCCUGUGGAGGCUGAAGACUCCAUCGGAACAUGAGGCAGAGAUGGGGAUCAAGUCUAAGGAAGCUCGCAAGUAUAUUUUCAACUGCCUGGAUGACAUGAUGCAGGUGAACAUGACGAGCCUGGAGGGGACGGACAUGCUGGCGGAGAAGGCGGACCGGCGGGAGUUCAUCGACCUGCUGAAGAGGAUGCUGACGCUGGACGCGGACAAGCGCAUCACCCCGAUGAAGACCCUCACCCACCCGUUCGUCACCAUGGCGCACCUGCUCCAUUUCCCGCACAGCUCGCACGUAAAGUCCUGCUUCCAGAACAUGGAGGUUUGCAAGCGGAGGUGCGACGCUUUCGACAAUGGGAAGAACCUCUUCGCCAGCAACGCCACGCCCAGCGCCGCCACCAACCUCACGGUCACCUUCAGCAGCCAGCUCAACCAGCACGGCCAGGUUGGCGCCGGCGAUAGCCAGUCGCUCUCCCACGGCAGCAACGUCCCCCUGCUCAGCUACCAGCCGGCCCUCUACCAGCAGGCCACCAUCAACAUCCCUGGCCUCGCCCAGCAGAGCGUCCCGCUCUCGGUGCGCCCUCCCCAGCUGUGCGCCCAGACCGAGCCCUUCCAGCAGACCCUCAUCGUAUGCCCGCCCACCAUCCAGGGACUUCAGACCUCCAGUAAGCACUCUGGAUACCCCGUGAGGAUGGACAGCUCGGUGCCCGUGGUCCCUCAGAACCAGUCCUCCCAGUCCGUACAGAUCCAGCCCAGCAUGCUCGCGCAGCAGACUUGGCCAGCAGGUGCACAGCAGAUCCUCAUACCCUCCACCUGGCAGCAGAUACCGGGCGUGGCCAUCCACAACCCCGCGCAGCCCAUCAUCACCAAUUCGGCCAUGGGGGCGCUGCACUCCGAUAGCUCCGCCCAGGCCCCCGGCUGGAGUGCCAGGGGCUGCCAGGGGGGGCAGUACAGCGGCGGUACGCAGCGGACCUCCAGCCUGGCCGGCCAGAGUGCCCUGGCGUCUGCCCAGUCCACCAACGCGAGCGCGGCGUACACGAGAGGCCAGCAGGGGGCGACGUCCGGGAAGAAGGCCAAGACCCGCCAUUCUGACUGCAGAGCCAGGCACUUGUCCCUGCUGCACGCCGCCACCCCCGCGGCCCACCGGAGCCCCGCCCUCGCCUCGCCCGCCUACAAGGCCCCGCUCUCUCAGCCCAUCGUCAUCUCCGACACCCCCAGCCCCGCCGUCAGCAUCAUCACCAUCCGCAGCGACACCGAGGACGAGGACGACAGGAAGUUCCCCCCCGCCAGCAGCUGUGGCGCGGAGCCGCGGGGAAACGUCAUCAGCUGCGUGACCAUCCACGACUCGCAGGACUCGGACUCCUCCUCCAGCGGCUCCCCGACCCCCAAGCGGCCCCGCCCCGCCGCCGGCGCCGAGCCCAAGCCCCUGGACGUCAUCAUGUCCGCGGUGAAAACGCAGCCCGGGGAGGGCGCCGAAUGCAUGGCGACAGGCCAGCUGACCGGCGUCUACGCUCUGCCGAGGAAGGGCUCCGUCCAGCAGCUUUGCGGCUCGGGGUCGUCCAAUAGCGAUCGUCACCACCAUGCAGCGGCCACCCCGUCCCAGCCUCUCAACCUCAGCCAGGUCCAGCCCUCUGUGACAUCACAAUCUAAAGACAGAACAGGGGGCGGCUCCCUACGCCAGCACCGCCCACACCCCUCCGCCGCCCCUUACCGUCUGCAGGAGGCUUCCUUCUUCGGCUCCGCCCCCAACCUGUACGCCUACCCCGCCUCCCAGGCCUUGAGCCAGGCGCACAUGUCCGCGGCCUCCUCCUCCUCCUCUUCCUCUUCCUCCCACCACGCGGGCGGCCGGGCGGCCUACUCCUCGCUGGGCCUCCUGCACUCGGACAGCGGCCUGCGCCUGGCGGGGCCCGAGCGCGCGCGCUACCAGCACCACUUCCCCGCCCACCAGCCCUACGGCCGCUCUGCCGCCGCCCACGGCUGCUACCCGUUCAGCCCGCGGAAGCUCAGCCAGCACCCGUACCUAUGAGCCGCGCGGAGGGGGAGACCGCGCCCACCGCGGCACAGCCCCGCCCCCCACCCCCAGUUCCCCCGGCGACCAAACAUGAACGCCUGCACAAGAUGCCCAGCCGCAUCCGAUUGAAACUAAAAUGCAAGGACUAGGAAUACUCCUUUUUUUUCUUUUCACCCGCCUAUUUUUCUUCUUUUUUUUUUCCCCACCCACCCACCAAGCGGAACCUAUAUCGUCCUAAUUUUUAAUGUCACUUUUAACUUGUUAGUAUUGAAUUCUGUGUUGAGUUAUUUUAACCGUUUUUUUUUUUUUUUGAGAUUUAAUUUUAAGGCUCCUAG